AUGCAAUUUGAAGAGCGGUUACAGCAGUUAGUAGAAAACGAUCAGAGCACGGGGCAGCCAGACUCAAACGUGCUGGUAAUAGUCCUCGGGGAUGCUGCUAGAAAGUACGUAGAACUAGGAGCGCUGCGUGAACACGUGACCGUGAAGACUGUUGGCGGUCACGUGGCAAGCCGCGAGCGGGUAGCCGUAGUAUUCCUGGGCCGGGUAAAGUAUUUAUAUAUGUAUCUCACCCGGAUGCAAGCGCAGUCACGUGCUCCACAAUACUCACAAAUACUCGUCUACGGAUUGUGGGACCUCACCGCAACGCAAGAUGGCCCGCAACAAUUGCGGCUACUCAGCCUUGUGCUACGCCAGUGUCUCAGUUUGCCAUCUAAGGUUGAGUUCUAUCCGGAACCGCCCUUCAAUAGUGUGGCUGCGCGAUUACUGCGAUACUGGGAACACAUUAUCAAAUAG